AUGAACGACCUCAUUCCAUUAGUCAAUAAACUUCAGGAUGUUUUCAAUACAAUCGGCAGUGAUACUGUAGAUCUUCCACAAAUUAUUGUGGUGGGCUCUCAGUCGUCUGGCAAGUCUUCUGUGCUAGAGAACAUUGUUAAACGUGAUUUUUUGCCAAGGGGAACUGGAAUUGUAACCAGACGCCCUCUAGUGCUUCAGCUUGUAAACACUCACGAGAAUGAAGAUGGCCACGCAGAAGAGUACGGAGAGUUUCUGCAUGCACCUGACCAAAAAUUCACAGAUUUCGAUGAAAUUCGAAAAGAGAUUGAGGCUGAAACUGCAAGGGUGGCUGGCCAGAAUAAGGGCAUUUCGCGGUCGCCUAUUAAUUUGAAAAUUUUUUCGCCUAAUGUUCUUAAUUUGACCCUGGUUGAUUUACCCGGAUUGACAAAGAUACCAGUUGGUGAUCAACCUACCGAUAUUGAAAAACAAACUAGAAAUCUUAUUCUUGAUUAUAUUACGAAACCAAAUAGUAUUGUUUUAGCCGUAAGUCCCGCAAAUGUGGAUUUAGUGAAUUCAGAGAGUUUAAAGCUUGCUAAACAGGUUGACUUUGAAGGAAAAAGAACAAUCGGUGUGCUGACUAAAUUAGAUCUGAUGGACGCUGGAACAAAUGCACUGGAUAUUCUAACAGGCCGUGUUUUCCCAUUAAAAUUGGGAUUUAUCGGUGUCGUUAAUCGCAGCCAACAGGAUAUCGUGGGGAAUAAACCAAUGUCUGAAGCACUGAAAUCAGAGGCGGACUUUUUUAAAAAUCAUACAGCUUAUAAAAGUAUUGCAAAUCGAUGUGGGACGCCUUUCCUAGCAAAAACCCUUAAUAAUAUUUUAAUGAAUCAUAUUCGGGAGAGAUUGCCAGAUAUGAAAACAAGAAUAAACACACUAAUUGGCCAAACUCAGCAAGAACUUGUUUCAUAUGGAGAUCCAGCUCUUUCAGGCAAAGGCGAACACAGGGGUACCUUAAUUUUAAAACUGCUCACUAAAUUCGCCAAUGAUUUUAUUUCGUCAAUUGAUGGAACAUCUCGUGAAAUCUCGACAAAGGAAUUUCCUUGUGGUAAUCUCUCUAUUCAGGAUAUUAGAAUUGCAAUUCGAAAUUCAACAGGUCCUCGACCAUCUUUAUUUGUUCCGGAAAUUGCCUUUGAUCUUCUUGUUAAACCACAAAUUCAACUAUUGGAACCACCUAGUGUGAGGUGUGUUGAGUUGGUCUAUGAAGAAUUAAUGAAAAUAUGCAAUAGUUGCGGGGGUAAG